AUGCUUCGUGAUUCAAGAGAAUGUACCUACCGGUCCCUGAGCCUGCCUUCAAAUGAAGAUGACUCUGAGAUUCGCAAAAAAUAUCGACCGUUUGUUCUCAGCGACGAUGGGGCUGAGGACUGGACCAACAAACUAGAGUUGACCACUGCUCUUGACAUGGCCGAAGAGGAUCUUCAAAAAACAAACGACAGGCUCAAGGUCCUGGUACUCUUUGGCAGCCUCCGAAGAAGAUCAUAUUCUCGGCUCGUGGCUUACGAAGCGUCCCGGAUCCUUUUCCGGCUCGGUUGCGACGUGCGCGUUUUCGACCCAGAGGGCCUCCCUAUGAAGAAUGAUAGCGAACAUGGCCAUCCAAAAGUCCAGGAGCUCCGAGAACUCAGUCAGUGGAGUGAUGGACAUGUCUGGGUUUCACCCGAGCAACAUGGCAAUCUGACUGGAGUAUUCAAGAAUCAAAUCGAUUGGAUCCCUCUAAGCACCGGGAGUGUUCGGCCGACCCAAGGUCGAACACUUGCCAUUGCCCAAGUGUGCGGUGGAUCACAAUCCUUUAAUGCAGUCAACUCGUUGCGAAUCCUCGGUCGAUGGAUGCGCAUGUUUACCAUUCCCAACCAAUCGUCGAUUCCCAAGGCAUACACUCAAUUUCCGGACGAAGGUCAGCCUGGAGAUCAACGACUUAUGCCUAGCAGCAACCGAGAUCGACUCGUGGACUGCAUGGAGGAAUUUGUCAAGUACACGAUUUUGAUGCGGCCUCACAUAGGACUCUUUGCCGACCGUUUCAGUGAAAGAGAAGAAAGGAGACUGAAAGAAGAAAAGGCGCGCCUUCGUGAGGCCAGCAAUUAG